GUCGAGAGCCGUUUUCUCUUCGUCAUGGUGUGAGGGACUGCUGCAAGAGAGUCAGAGGCAGUCUCGAGGACCGGACACCUCUCCGACUGAGAGCAGGAGGUCCGUUAUUUAUGCCGCGGGGAAGAGGAGCGAGGCCUGCUGCGUAAGCGUCACCCCGUAUUUGUCGACGAGUGUUGCCAUGGUUUUGGCCCACCCAGCUGAUCCAGGACCAGGAUUCCAGAAUACGUCUGCUUUUAUUGGAUGUGCGCUGAAGCUUCCCCGCGAUGUGUCGGGCCAUCCCCGAGUGUGAAUCUCGGUUUCUACGGGGGUUGCGCUGGAUAUAAUUCCGAGGGUGUGGAAAAGGAGCAUGCGAGAGGGGUUGAUAUGACGGCUGCCUUGCUAUCAUGGUAUAGAGUCUUCUCUUUCGCAUUGAAGAAGACGUGAGAUAUACUACAUACGUUUACGAUAAUUAUAGUACAUAACUGGAAACACAACGACAGAAUGACUUCCUCCAUUGCUCCCAAGGCCAAGGCGAUCCCUCCCGGUAUCUACUGCCCGGUGAUUUCGUUGUACAAGACGACCGCGCGACAAGAGAUCGACCUUGAGGCCUCGUACAAAUUUUUCUCCUUUUUGAUCCGCAGCGGGAUCGACGGGCUCGUGCUCGCUGGCACCACGGCGGAGGCCGUGCUGUUGUCGCAGCAAGAACGAAAGGAGCUCGUGCAGGUGGCUCGCAGAGCAGCCGUUGACCUCAAACGGCCGACUUUCCCUAUCGUUGCUGGUAUUAGCGGGCAGUCGACCAACGAGUCGGUCCGUCUUGCGGAGGAUGCGUUGGCUGCCGGUGCGAAUUUUGGCCUCUUGCUACCGCCAAGUUACUGGGCCAAAGCGGUUACCCGGGAUGUUAUUGUCGACUUCUAUCGUGAGGUAGCAGACGCUACGUCUCUUCCAAUUGUGAUCUACAGCUUCCCCGCCGUAUGCAACGGUGUCGAUAUGAACUCCGACCUCAUGUCCGAAUUGGCGCAACAUCCAAACAUCGUCGGCACCAAGCUCACCUGCGGUAACGCCGGCAAGGUCACUCGACUCACGCAGGAGUAUACCCCCGAACAAUUCGCCGUGUACGCCGGGUCAUCGGACUGGCUGAUCCCAUGCCUGAGUGGCGGCGGUGUCGGCUGCGUCACGGGGAUCGCCAACGUGUUUCCGAAGAGCGUAGCCAGACUGUACACGUUGUGGAAGGAAGGAGAGUUCGCCGAAGCACGCAAGCUGCAAGGCCUGGUCGCGCAGGCAGAGAAAGCGUGUAAGGAGGGAAUCGCACCGACCAAGUAUGCCUCUGCCUACUUUGCCGGCCCAGCUGCUGGCAUCCCGGAUGAGAAAGCCUUCUGGCCCCGGAAGCCGUACAAGCCCUCAGGGACUGAGAAGCAGCAGUGGGUGGUUAAGGUGAUGCAGCACUUGGUCGAUUUGGAGAAGUCGUUGGCGGACGUUGCAUAAAUAUGAAUAUAGACUAUAGAUUUUAUGAAUUUCAUUCUCAACCCAAUUU